AUGGAUGCGGACACGGAGACGAUAGCUGAGAAAUCGUUGAGAAAAAAUGUUCCUCGGAAGGUCGCAACCGCCUGGCAACGGCUGGUAUCGUAUAUGUUCGAGCCGGAAGAAGGAGAGUGCCUGGCAGCGUUGCGCAUUGUUUUCGGCUUACUGAUGAUGAUCGACACGAUGGAUGAAAGAGGUUUCUGCCAGGCCGAUAAACGAUGGAUGGAACCUAUGAAGUGCUAUUUUCCACUGUUCGAUUUUAUCAAACCACUGCCCGGCCGAUGGAUGUGUCUGGCGUAUGCGGCAAUGUUUACCGGCGUGCUCGGUAUAUCUAUAGGUUUCCACUACCGGAUUAGUUGUGCCAUAUAUGCUAUCCCUUACUGGUACAUAUUUUUGGCCGACAAAAGCUUGUGGAACAACCAUUCGUAUUUGUUCGGACUGCUGAUCGUGAUUUUUUCCGUGACAGACGCUCACCACAACUGGUCCAUGGACAGGUUGCUGCGAAAAAUUCCGUCGGACACACCAUCCUCGGUUCCCCGUUGGAACUAUUUGCUGCUUAGAUUACAGUUUUUUAUCAUGUACUUCGUGGCCGGCUUAAAGAAGUUUGAACCCGAUUGGCUUUGGGGUUACUCGAUGAUGUCGUUGGGCCACCAUCACGUAUUCACUCUGUUCAGGUUCUUUUUCUCAGCCGAAUUCAUAGAUCAUUGGAUAGUGCACGUCGGAGGAUUUCUCAUCGACUUGUUGUCGGGAUUUGGACUGUGUUUCCGGUCUACUCGACCGUUCACUAUCAUCGUGCUGCUCGCUUUUCAUGGAAUGAACGCUACCAUGUUUACCAUAGGUAUGUUUCCAUACGUUUGCGCCGCAAUGAUUCCAGUAUUUUGCGAACCGGCAACGAUGUCUAAAAUAUUACGGGCCGCUGUUAAAUGUAUUUGGAACGACAAGUCUGAAUCAAAACCCGUCGACUACAAACCACCGUCGAGGACCAAACAAAACGCCAUUGUUGCAGGAGUGUGCGUGUAUACAGCUCUACAGUUAUGUUUGCCGUACUCACAUAUAUUAACGCAGGGUUACAACGGAUGGCGAAACGGAUUAUAUGGAUAUUCUUGGGACAUGAUGGUACACAACAUCGAUGUGGCAAAGAUAGAAGUAAAAGUAUUGGACCACGUACGUCGUGAACAAUUCUUCUUGGAUCCACACAGCUGGACGAACAACAACAAGUGGAUGUUGCACGGUGAUAUGUUAAAGCAGUUCGCAAAGUGCGUUGCAGCCAACAUGCCCGACAGGCAUAAUAUAUCUGUCCAAAUGGACAUCUGGGGGUCACUCAACGGUCGAUUCCAUCAACGCCUGGUCGACCCAAAUGUGGAUUUAUUGCAUGCCCCUUGGUCACCUUGGUUACCUGUGCCAUGGCUAUUUCCUUUGAUCCGGCACUUGGACUGGUGGCGGCCUUUAAUAGUGGACGCAAAACGUAACACGGACGAUGAUCUACUAUUUUUCGCCGAUUUUCCAGGUAUGACGGUGACGAACGACGAGGACGACCAGGAAACGACGACCACCACGUUGGCAGUGCUCGAAGGUGCCGUGGCCGUACGAGAAUCACGGAUCGGUGGCGGAGACAAUGACAGGACCGUGCGACUGGUGUCCGGUGAAGCGAUGGAUGUAACCGGCCGACACGUCGUGACCACCGUGAGCCCCACACCGUCGUGUUACGUGUUAGCGUCGACAGUGGACAGCGGUGGCGGUAGUGAAGGCGGUAUUGGAGGCGGUGGUGGAUGUGGCGGCAGCGGAGGUGUAUCGACUCCGUCCGCUGUAGUCGGCAACCAUCGUCCCAGUGGUUGUUCGGAGGCCUGUCACGCGUUCGCGUUGCACGCGAUUAAAGACGCGUUUUCCGCUUUAUUUUUCCGUACGGCUGUCUAAUCAGUCGCAACGCGACUUUCCGUGGUACGCGUCUAAUCCUAUUUGACAUUUCGAUAGUCUGACGUUCGUUCAGCGUUAUUUUCGCUGCACAGUAACCCAACUAUACGCACACACACACACACACACACCUAUUUACUUAUAUAAAAAUAAUAAUGUAUACUAGCACGCUUAUAUUAUAUGAAUAUCUUUUUGUUAAAGAUGUUGAGUGAAAUAAAUAUUGCAUUUUUAUCAUCACAUGGUAAUAACGUCUGUUUUAUAGGUACCUGUAAUUUAAAGAGCUGUAUUGUUUAUUUUGUCUUCUUAGUUCUUAAAUAUAAUAUGUAUUACUAUACCUCUUUGAUUUAAGCGGCCAGGGAUGCUCUAAGGCAGUGUCUUUCAACCUGGGGA